GUCCCUAACUAACUUCCACAGUACUUCCGUGUUUGCGUGUCCUGCGUGUCUUGCUUCUCCUGCAGGCUCAAGAGUGUCUUGUGGCUACAAAUUUGAGAUAAAUAAUCAUGUCUCUGGAGGUGGAAUCCGCAGACGUGAUCCGUCUGAUUAUGCAGUACCUAAAAGAAAAUAAUCUGCAGCGGACUCUAGUCACCCUGCAGGAGGAGACCACCGUGUCUCUGAACACUGUGGAUAGUAUAGAGAGCUUUGUGGCAGACAUAAACAGCGGCCACUGGGACACUGUCCUGCAAGCCAUCCAGUCCCUCAAGCUGCCAGAUAAGACCCUGAUAGACCUUUAUGAACAGGUGGUGUUAGAGCUGAUCGAGUUGAGAGAGUUGGGUGCAGCCCGUUCCCUCCUCAGGCAGACUGACCCCAUGAUCAUGCUGAAACAGACCCAGCCAGAGAGAUACAUCCACCUGGAGAACCUGUUGGCUCGCUCUUACUUCGAUCCCAGAGAGGCGUACCCAGACGGCAGCAGUAAGGAAAAGCGUAGAGCGGCCAUUGCCCAGGCCCUGGCAGGGGAGGUCAGCGUAGUGCCGCCCUCUCGUCUCAUGGCUCUGCUGGGACAGUCUCUGAAGUGGCAGCAGCAUCAGGGCCUCCUGCCUCCUGGCAUGACUAUCGAUUUGUUCAGGGGUAAAGCUGCCGUUAAAGAUGUUGAGGAGGAGCGCUUCCCCACCCAGCUCAGCAGACAGAUCAAGUUCGGACAGAAAUCUCACGUGGAGUGUUCACGGUUCUCCCCUGACGGUCAGUAUCUGGUCACUGGCUCUGUGGACGGCUUCAUCGAGGUCUGGAACUUCACCACCGGCAAAAUCAGAAAGGAUCUGAAGUACCAGGCUCAGGAUAACCUCAUGAUGAUGGACGAUGCUGUGUUGUGUAUGGGCUUCAGUCGGGACACAGAGAUGUUGGCCACCGGAGCCCAGGAUGGGAAGAUUAAGGUGUGGAAGAUCCAGAGCGGUCAGUGUCUGAGGAGGUUUGAGCGCGCCCACAGUAAAGGAGUAACAUGCGUCAGUUUCUGUAAAGACAGCAGCCAGAUCCUCAGCGCAUCUUUCGACCAGAUAAUCAGAAUCCAUGGACUGAAGUCAGGUAAAACUCUUAAGGAAUUCCGCGGCCACACCUCAUUUGUGAACGAGGCCACCUUCACUCCAGACGGUCACCACAUCAUCAGCGCUUCCUCGGACGGCACAGUCAAGAUGUGGAACAUAAAGACCACCGAGUGCUCCAACACCUUCAAGCCUCUGGGCACGUCGGCCGGCACCGACAUCACCGUCAACAACGUCAUCCAGCUGCCCAAGAACCCGGAGCAUUUUGUAGUGUGUAACCGCUCCAACACGGUGGUCAUCAUGAACAUGCAGGGACAGAUCGUGAGGAGUUUCAGCUCCGGUAAGAGGGAAGGAGGUGACUUUGUGUGCUGCACUCUGUCGCCCCGCGGCGAGUGGAUCUACUGCGUGGGUGAAGACUUUGUGCUCUACUGCUUCAGCACCGUCACUGGCAAGCUGGAGAGAACGCUGACGGUACACGAGAAGGAUGUGAUCGGCAUCGCCCACCACCCCCAUCAGAACCUCAUCGCCUCCUACAGCGAGGACGGUCUGCUGAAGCUCUGGAAGCCUUGAGGUGUUUGAUUCCAAACUGUCACCCAGCAGCUGCUCGCCUCACUCCUGGACACGGCUCUGCCCCUUCUGUUUGGUCUUUGUCUCUUUGUCUUUUUACAGCACUGGGUGAAUCCCUCUCUUUCAGGUCACUGUGAACUUGAGGUUUUGGUAUACAUGUUGACAAUCUCAAUGACAUCAUGGGUUUUACUAGGGUUGGGCACCGUUUGGACUUUAAUGGUAUGGAUUCCAAUUGAGAUUCUUCCUUAUGAUUCCAGUUCUUAUCUAUAUUUUCAGAUUCUUUGAAGGGUGGAGUUGAAACGGAUCACAUGCUUAUUUCACAAAUAAGAGGAAAGUUUUAUUUUGAUUCAAUGGUGGGUUUGCAGUUUGACAGGGCUUUUUCAGUGUAAACUAAAGCCACACUAGAGCGCCGCUUACUGUGCUCCACGGCUGCAACGCAACAAGCGCCUGGCCGCUACAGAAACCAAAACUCGCGCAUGUUAAAUUUGGAACCCAUGAUCAGAUUUGAAACCAAAUCCUCCCAAACGAUUCCAGUAAAGACACGAUUCCACUGCUUGUAAUUUUUGAAACGAUUCCAAGUAGGAAUAUGUUCUCGUUGCCCAACCCUAGGCUUUACCUAUUCAGCUGCAUGUUCACAUCAGCACUGGUGCUCUUCUUUUACCAUGAAGCCACACAGCUGAAUAUCAGCAACUAAUGGCAGUUUGGGGGUUUUCGAGUGUUUGCACAGCAGAGCCUUGUUCAACUGAAUCCUUUAAGUCUAAGAAAAAUCUGUUUGUCCAUCACAGAAAGGAUUUAAUGAUGGCUUACAAAGAAACCUUAUUUGCUUUACUUUAAUGCAUUUAUUUUGAAUUUGUAAGUGUAUGUGUCAUGUUGUUUAAGUGGUGGACUUUUGGAAAGAAACUCUUCAAAGUGUGACCCACACAUACAAUUAUUACAAAUACUCGUAACUGUUCAUUACACGCAUUAAGAAAGGUGCUUCCAUGUUUAUCCAGAUAAAAAAAUGUAAAAAAUGUAUUUCAUUCAUUCGACCAUGAUAUUGUUUCAGUUGCAGGUAAAAUAAAAGGUUCUGCUGUUAAACACCUGAUCUUUACAGACAUUCAGUAACUUAAUUUUUGGGGGCUUCAACUUCAGAGAGAGGAGGGGAGAUGUCAGAUGUCCGGGGUGAGGAGUGUAGCUACUAGACUCAGUUUUGUUUUUAAAAUGUUCACUCUUUUGUAAAUAUGUUUUUUUUUCUUUGCAUUUUUGUUUAGUUUUUUUCCAAGAAGACCUGGUUAAGUAGUGUUUUGUUUUUUUUUUUUUUUUUUUUUUUUUGAAUUUCUGACUAGAAUUGAAUGGCAUCAUUGUAAAAUUCUUUGAUAUAUUUUUUUUUUUUGAAAUGAUUGUUCUUUCAAUGUGGAGAACCACAUAAUACAUUAAAUGUAAUAACAAAGUCAUUGUAAGGCAUUUUUUCCCACACUGUACAUACAUUUGGAAUGAGACAUAUUUCAGUUUUCUAUAACUUGCUGGAUGUAUGUAUUUCCCGUUAUUAUAUCUCGUCUGUGCCAUUAAAGCUAUUUAACCAGAA